UGUUUUUCAACAUUUUUACCUACACUCAUAUCAGACUACACCUGUAUACAUUUUGAAUCUUCUGAGCUUGAAUAUUUUUUCUGAAGUAGCACUGAUUUUUCUCCCCCCUCUGAAAUUCCUUAACAGAUACUCUUCUCAUUUUAUGUUGUGAAAGAAACACCUUUAUAUUUUUACAUUGCAGUGACUGGAAGCUGUUUUUUAAAGUCCCCGUAUCAGACCCAUUAAGAUGUAAUGAAACUUAGUAGUUUUUUUCCCCUUUUUACUUGUAAUAAUAUGUUUGGUAUUAGCACAGCUAGUACAUUUUAGCUUUUGAGCUUUAGAAAUUCCCUAGACCUAGAGAACCACAACCCUCCUUCCUGUAUUUGCAUUGCUUUGAUGGAGUCUGACUGUAUAUGCAUCUGUACACUAACAGUCCCUGCACACACGCCUCUCUGAGCAAUCAGCCAAUCAGCACGCUGCAGUGUGGUACACACGCCCGCCAGCCCCCCUGCACCCGCAGUCACACGGCUGGGGGGGGCUGUGCCUCUGCUAGCUUCACCCUCCUCCCACACACACACGGGCAGCGUUCCCCAUUGCACUGACUGUUAGUGAGUGACUGUCAGCUGCAGUGCAUUGAAAUGGUGCAGCAGCCUGAACACUUCAGUGUGCAGUCACACAGCCGAGCAAACGCUGCCGGCGAAAGACACUACACAGCCUGUCAGCCCUUGCGAGAAGGGUAUCAUUUGGCCCCGGGGGAGUUUGGGGGAGACUCGAUACAGAGGAGCGGGGGAGUUUGGGGGAGACUCGAUACAGAGGAGCGGGGGAGUUUGGGGGAGACUCGAUACAGAGGAGCGGGGGAGUUUGGGGGAGACUCGAUACAGAGGAGCGGGGGAGUUUGGGGGAGACUCGAUACAGAGGAGCGGGGGAGUUUGGGGGAGACUCGAUACAGAGGAGCGGGGGAGUUUGGGGGAGACUCGAUACAGAGGAGCCGAGUUUGAGGGCUGUUGCAUCGUGGCUUCAUUACAGACUCGCGUUACAGAAUCCACACGGCCGGCCGCAGUGGACUUGCUGUCUGCGCUCACUGAUACCAAACUGCUCAUGUGUUUCCUACUGAGAAACCGAUGGUGCAAGCUCCAUGCUGAUAGAUUCCAGCAUGAUCACCUUUAAACAUGCUGGACACCUGCUCUCCCAUCAAUCUGAACCGUAGUGGAAACACGUGUAGCACACGCACUUCCAGAAGCCCUAAGGUUACGCAUAAUAUUAGUAUAAAUUGUUGGUCAGAGUGAAAAGGUUGUGCUGGCCUAGUGUUCACCCCACCUCUGUUACCUACUAGCUAACAUAAAUUCAACCCUGUUGCAGUGAAGUGAUUCCCUCACCUAUGUUGCCCCAGCACUAAGCACUGAUAGUGUCAGCCGGUUUAACAUCACCAUGGCAACGUUCUGCACACCCCAUUCUUACCACUCUAUGUUAAAUGGGUGAGACUGCACUAGGUUGUAAUGGCCGUUGAAUGUGCGCAUUGAUGCCCCUAGUGGUUAAGCCAUGGCAUUGUAUGUCCAGGACAAUGAAACGAUCAGCCUCGCCAGGGCACCAGCUGUACGGAAGUGCUUAUUUUACUUCCUGCAGUGAGCACAGACACUGUAAGAUCAUGUUUUCUGUAUAUCAGCUUUGGUACAAACUUGAACUGCUGCUUAGAGACCCUGAGAUUGUGAGGCUUAAACGGAACAAGCUACCCACCUUAAAAACGGAGAAUUUCCCAUGCAGCUGCAUCUCUGUUAGGGGACAGACUUCAGUAGACAGACCACCCUGCGCUGGUGCAACUGUCUGGUCUCAGCUGCAGGAAUGACUACAGGCCGCCUCCACCAGCCCAACACUGCAGUACUGCAUACCAGAGAAGCACAACUCUGCUGUUUAGCGCGCUGUGUCUGGACUGCAGUUCCACAGAUAACAGCUGAAUUUCAGUAAAGCGCAGCCCUGCGGUUCAGUGCUGCAUUUCAGGAUUGCAUGCGCUGCACUAGUGCUGACUCACUGGGUGUCGGGGAGGGAGCGGUGCCUUCGGGUCCAGCUGGGAGGCUGACAUUUUAACACGGUGCGUUAAUGAGCUAGUGAAAGGUGUGGAAGAUGCUGUCUUUGUGGGGAGGGUUUCAUGUCUAAUGUCCUCUGUUCUUCACUUCCUGCUUGCCUGUUUUGUUUGUAACAUUUUACCUUCACAGAUUUUUUUCUUCAGUGUUCCUUGCACUCUCUUUUUUUGGGUCUUGAACUUUGGUUUUGCCCCCAAACGCAAAAUCAGAAUGGGUGGGACAUGCGUACCCCCAUCUCUCAGUGUAACAGUGAUGAAUCAUAAAAGUAUUACAGUUUCAAAGCAGAACAUGUCCAUUCAUACACUAUCAUCCUGAUGUCUAUGCCAGUGUACAAACAGCCUGUGCCAGUCUUCAUUUCAGUAAUGCAUCCUCACUCUGAACCACAUACUUCAGAAAUCAAAACUCUUGAAAAACCAACCGAUAUGUAGAGGAUACCAAAUGCUUAAUUUGAUCUGUGAAAUAUUUUAAAUGAAAGCAUUUUUGUCCCCCUCUUUCAACACUCAGAAAUAUAUUACCUAGUACUCUCCAUACUCAGCAGAACAUUACCCAGUACACUCUCAGUGCUCAAUACCUAACUCGAUCACAAAACCUUUUCUAGACUAUGGAAAAAUGCUUUUGGACUGUCUCCCCUGGGGAAGAGGGAGUUGGCCUGUGAUAAGGGGGGGGGUCACUGCCAUGGGUGCCCGUCACCACUGGCUCUCAGGCUGUUGUUUUAAAAACCUGUUCUUAUUUCCUUUCUCAGGAGAGCAGCAGAGAAGGGAUGUCACUCCCUGAAGAGAAAGCAAAAGAGCUAAAGGGGGGAGAGGGAGGGAGGGGGGGUUCUGAGCCUAAUGUAGAACAGGCCGCACUGAAGUGAGCACCGUCACUGCUGUGCCUGCCCACGCCGCCCCCUGCUGGUGGGCUGUGGGUCGGUGCAGGGCUGGAGGAUGCUUCUUCCCCAGGGCGGACGGCAUGUUCAUGUGUUUGAGGAGAGCCCCGUAUUCUUGCUGCCCGUAGCAUCUCAGCAUUCAUGAUGCCAAGAAAUCCAGUGUUUGCUCACUGUAUUGGGCUCAGAACUGGGGGUUAGCCACUCGAGGAAAGGGGGAAAAACCCUGAAACGUAACCGCCAUAUGGCUUUACUGAGGUGUCUUCUCUGUUACCUCAGUUUAAGUCGGUGGGGGAAACACUCCAAUCCAGGAAGUUAAUCGGCCAGGGGGCUGCUGGGAGUUGUAGUGUCACUGGGAGGCAGGCAGACAGCCGAGACGCCUGCUCGCACGCACUGGGCCCGCCCACAGUGAGAGAGCAGACACACAGACAGACGACCGCCCUGCAGUACAGACCCUAUGGACCGGUCCCCCACCACCAGCAGCCUGAUGGCCAGCAACGUGACCAACAAGACGGACCCGCGCUCACUCAACUCGCGCGUCUUCAUCGGGAACCUCAACACGCUGCUGGUGACCAAGGCCGACGUGGAGGCCAUCUUCAGCAAGUAUGGCAAGAUUGUGGGCUGCUCCGUACACAAGGGCUUCGCUUUCGUACAGUAUGCCAACGAGAGGAAUGCCCGUGCCGCCGUGGCCGGAGAGGACGGCCGCAUGAUCGUGGGACAGGUGCUGGAUAUUAACCUGGCUGGCGAGCCCAAACCCCAUAGGUCAAAGACGACCAAGCGCUCUGCAGGAGACAUGUACAGCAGCUCCUCAUUUGACCUGGACUAUGACUUCCAGAGAGAUUACUAUGACCGAAUGUACUCGUACCCCUCCCGCGUGCCCCCUCCCCCCCCGCCCCUCUCACGGGCCGUGAUCCCCUCCAAGCGCCCGCGUGUCAGCGUCAGCGGAGGGGGCAGCCGCCGCACCAAGACCAGCUUCUCCUCCUCCAAGAGCAGCCAGAGGACCUCCUCCUCCCGCACAAUGAAGGCCGAUGACCUGCAGACCAUUAAGAAGGAGCUGACGCAGAUCAAACACAAGGUGGACUACCUGCUGGAGAGUCUCGACCGCAUGGAGAAGGACCACAGCAAGAAGUCAGAGGGGAAGAGCGUGAAGCCGGACGUGGGCGAGGUGUCCUCCCUGCAGCACUCCAGCAGCUCCAGCAGCAAGAAGGAGGACAGCAGCAAGCGGGACAGAGAGAGGGAGAGCCAGGAGCUCAACGACUCCGAGGAGGAGGGGGACCUGCUGGAGGAGGAGGAGGAGGAGGUGAAGAGUCGAGGAAGGGAGGAUGACAAUGAUGAAGAGGAGGAGGAAGAGGGGGAGCAGGUGGAGGAUGAUGAUGGUGGCGACAGCAUCAAUGGAGACGAUGACUCAUAGACACACACACACACGCACCUCCCUUUCGUCCCUCUACGGUCCCCUCCCUCUCUCCUUUUCCACCCUGUCUCCCCCAACCUGUCUCCUCUCUGCUUUUAUUCUGUGUCUAAAGCCCCUCCCCCUUCCACAAACACUUUAUUGCAAAGGAGUGUUUUGUUAUUUUAUUUUUAUAUAGCUGAUUAUCUUUAGUGUAAAGCGUUGAGACUCUUGGUGGUGGGACAUGACGUGGCUGUUUUCUCUCUGGGCCAGCAGAUGGCAGUGUGGCGACAGUGUAUACAUGAAUCAAGUCAUAUGGGGUUUGGUACUUUUGUAAGUAGGAAACCAGUUGAGAGCAGAGUGAAUAGAACCUUUGUUUUGGGAAAACAAAUUAAACUGAACUUUCAGAAAGUGUCCCCUGACAUAUUAAAAGGGCAACUUCAAGUUAUGUAAUUUUUUUUAUUCAUUUUGUCAGUUUG